UUAGUUUGGCCUUUAUCACGCCAACACUCUCAGUCAACCAUUCAAACAAUCAUACAACUCACAUUCAACAAACUCCCACCUCCAAGUCAAUAGAAUUAAAAAAAAAAAAAGAGAGAGGAAUAGAUGCUCUUUGCUUCUUAUCCCCUCUCCAUCUCCUCCUCCGACUCAUCUUCUUCGUAAUAAGAGAAUAUUUAUUUUUGGGUAGUGGUGGUGGUGGUGUCUUGUUUACCGAUUUCAACUUCUUUCUAAAUUUUUUUUGUUCCGAACCGGAAUGAAGACGGGGGAGAAGUCGAAGCUGGUGCGGAGCCUGCGGCUGGAAUCGCAGCGCUUCCGGCUGCUGAUCAUCGUCGUCGGCGGCUUCCUCGUCACGCUGACCUUCAUCGUCGUCUCGAAGCCCGACGCCAUCCUCUCCUCCUCCUCCUCGCCCUCCGCCGCCGCCGCCGCCGAUGACGCGAGAUCGGCCUCGGCUUUUCAGAAAUCUCCGCGGACGGAGUUAUCGGAGACGAAGAUGACGAUGGAUUUCAGAGAAAUUUCUGAAGAUCCUCAACCAGAUACUGUGGCAGAGGAUAACAAACCAAAAUGGGACAAAAAUGAGGCAGAGGAGAAAGAAGAAGAAGAGCCAAAACACAAAAUCACCCUCCCAACAGUUUCAAACUACACAAUAGAAGAUUCAGAUCAAACCAACCCAGAUCAAUUAGGGGUUGAGAGUGAAAAAUGUGAUGACCCCCAAUCUUGUUCUCACAAGGGGAAGCAUAAACUCACUCUCCCAACCAUCUCCAAUUACACCAUAAAUGACUCAAUCCAAACUGAAUCAAGUGAGCCCACCAAAUCAGAGAGCAGAUUCGACACUGUAAUUACCCUCGAAACGAACCCGCUUCAGAACGACGAUGCAGCCGAUUCGAUUCAACCGAGUUCAACAACAAGCAUAAAGCUGGAGAGGAAGCCACUCUGUGAUUUCUCGAACUUCAGAGCGAAUGUCUGCGAAAUGGACGGCGGUGAAAUUAGGGUUCACCCGAAAUCGGCCUCGAUCGUGUAUAUGGAGUCCGACGAUUCGAAAGCUGAUGAGAUCUAUAAGAUUAAGCCUUACCCGCGAAAGGGCGACGAGUUUUGCCUCAGCCAUGUUACUGAAUUGACCGUGAAAUCGAGCAAAGAGGCUCCUCAAUGCACGAAGCACCACGAUGUCCCGGCGCUGGUCUUUUCAAUAAGUGGCUACACCGGAAACCUCUUCCACGAUUUCACCGAUGUUUUGGUCCCCCUCUUCACGACCGCGAACCAAUUCAACGGCGAGGUUCAGCUCGUGAUCACCGACAUGCAUCCGUGGUGGGUGAUCAAAUACCAAAAGGUGCUUCAAAAGCUCUCGAACUACCCGUUGAUCGAUUUUAGCAAGGACGACCAAGUGCACUGCUUCAAAAGCGUCAUCGUCGGGCUCCACGCGUACAAGGAGUUCAGAAUUGAUUCAUCUAAAGCUCCUAAGAACUACUCGAUGGCCGAUUUCAACCGAUUCAUGAGGCGCGCGUUCUCGGUGGAGAGGGAGGCGACGACUCCGGUCGGGGAGAACCCUAACAAGAAGCCGAAGCUCCUCAUCAUAUCGAGGAAGAGAACAAGGAUGUUUCUCAACCUCAAUGAGAUCAUCGGGAUGGCCGAGGAGUUGGGCUUCGAAGUGGUGGUCAACGAGGCCGACGUGUCGUCCGACCUCUCUCGAUUCGCUCGAAUUGUGAACUCAUGCGAUGUGAUGAUGGGCGUGCACGGGGCGGGCCUCACGAAUUGUGUGUUCCUCCCGCCGAACGCGACCCUCAUUCAAAUAGUGCCGUGGGGAGGGCUGGAUUGGAUAGCAAGGCUCGAUUUCGGCGAUCCCGCGAACCAAAUGGGGCUAAGGUACUCGCAAUAUGGCAUCACGCCGGAGGAGAGUAGCCUCUUGGAGCAAUACCCGCGUGAUCACGAGAUAUUCAAGAACCCUUUCGCGUUCCACAAGCGCGGCUUCGACUACAUAAGGAGAACAUUCAUGGAUAACCAAAAUGUGAGGCUUGAUGUGAAGAGGUUUAGGAAGGUGCUAGUGGAAGCACUUGAUCAACUCAACCCUUAAAAAAGAACACUAGUUUGAGGCAAUUUUAUUUGAUUUGAAGGAUUUUUGUAUACCUUUUUCAUUUAGAUGUUCCAUGUUUUUAUUUAUUUUCAUCUUCUGCUGGAAUUCAGAAGAAAUUAAUGGUCUUUUGUUUAUGUAAGAUAUUGAAUUGAAGCUAGAAGAUGAACAAAUCAACUUAUAUGAUUCUAUGAUUAAAACCAAAAUAUAUUCUUUCUCA